GAAACGAAAACAUCUUAAAGUUAUUUCUUACAGGUUCCUUUUCGCGCUCUCUCUCUCUCUCUCUCUCUCUCUCUCUCUAACUUCUCUGCUGCUCUGGGAACUUGUGCUGUCUCUCUGCCUUUUAUGGAUGGGAAAAGGGUCGUUUGUUUGAAGACUAUUUAGGACUAAAGAUUGAAUUUUUAUGUGAAAAAACUUGUGCAAAAUUUGAUUAUGAUGGAUCCACAUCUUAAAGGGUUUUGUGGUUCCAGAAAUGAGAUCCAGUUGGAGAAUCAAUCUUUGCCUGUUUUUCAGAAUCAGAGAUAUGAAAAUGUUUUUUUUUAUCAAAGUAGGGAAUUUGGUUUAGUCGAGUCUAAUUUGAUAACUGAUACACCUUCUUUGACGACUUCGAUCUCGACACACGAGGAACCUUAUCCUGAGGAUUGUGAAUUUUCUGAUGCUGUUUUGAGUUACAUCAAUAAGAUUCUUAUGGAAGAAGAUAUGGAGGAUAAGACAUGUAUGCUUCAAGAUUCUUUAGAUCUUCAAAUUGCUGAGAAAUCGUUCUAUGAAGUUAUAGGUGAAAAGUACCCGGUUUCGCCAUUAGGAAAAUCUUCUAGUCUUAGUUAUCAAAAUGACGGAGUUGGUGAUAAUAACUUCAUUGAUAAUUAUUAUGGUUCUUGUGUUGAUGAUGGUGAUCUUAGUAGCAUUUUUAAUAACAAUUAUUUACGCGGAAACUCGAUGGAAGUUCAAUUUCCUCAUCAAGAUUUUAUAUUCAAUAGCAUUUCACAAUCAUCUUAUAGCUCUACAAAUAGUGUAAAAAGUACUGUGGAAGGGCCUUUGGACUCUCCAGACAGUAUUUUACAGAUCACUGAUGGGAAUAGUGAAAAUCAACCGAUUUUGCAAUUUCAAAAGGGUGUUGAGGAGGCUAAUAAGUUUCUACCUAGUGGAAAGGGAUUCUUUCCUAAUUUGGAUGUUGCUAAGUACUCAAUACUAGAGCCUAAAGUGAUGAAAGAUGAAUUAUCGGUUAAGGUGGAGAAGGAUGAUCAGAAGUCUUUUCUUUAUGGUUCGAAGGGAAGGAAGCAUCCUCAUGGCGAAGAGGGAGACAUCGAAGAAAAUAGAAGCAACAAGCAAGCAGCGAUUUACUCAGAGCCCACGUUGCGGUCAACUAUGUUUGAUAUAAUCCUGCUUCAUAGUUUAGGAGAUGGUAGGAAUUAUUUCAUGGCUCGACGCGAGGCUUUGCAAACUAAGAUCAAGAUGAUAAACCUGCCAAGCAGUAAAUCAAAAAAAGCAACUAGUUGUGGUAAAGGACGAGGUAAAAAACAACAUGGGAAAACAGAAGUUGUUGAUUUGAGAACACUGCUGGUUCUUUGUGCACAAGCUGUUGCAGCAGACGACCAUAAAAGCGCGCAUGAGUUGCUUAAGCAGAUCAGGCAGCACUCAAGUCCUUUCGGCGAUGGAAAUCAGCGUUUGGCUCAUAUGUUUGCUGAUGGCCUCGAGGCGCGUUUGGCUGGUACAGGAAGCCAAAUUUAUAAAGGACUUAUCAGUAAAAGAACGUCUGCUGCUGAUUUGUUGAAAGCUUAUCAUCUUUACCUCACUGCUUGCCCUUUUCGGAAGAUGACCAGUUUCGUCUCGAAUAUCUCUAUAAUGAGAUCUGCAGCGAGUUCAAUGAGGGUCCAUGUUGUAGACUUCGGUAUCCUCUACGGUUUCCAAUGGCCUACCUUUAUACAGAGACUUUCGAUAAGACCAGGAGGACCGCCUAAACUUCGUAUUACAGGAAUAGACUUUCCACAACCCGGUUUCAGGCCUGCCGAGAGAAUUAAAGAAACUGGUUCCCGCUUGGCAGCGUAUGCUGAAUCUUUUAAUGUGCCAUUUGAGUAUAAUGCCAUAGCGAAAAAAUGGGAAACCAUUCAGCUUGAGGAACUCAAGAUCGACAGGGAUGAAUACCUUGUUGUUACAUGUUUUUACCGCGGUAAAAACUUGCUCGAUGAAUCUGUGGUAGUUGACAGUCCGAGGAAUAAGUUCCUCAGUUUGAUAAGGAAGAUCAAACCUGAUAUAUUCAUUCAUGGCAUUAUUAAUGGAGCCUUUAACGCACCUUUCUUUGUUACUCGAUUUAGGGAGGCAUUGUUUCACUUCUCUUCGCUUUUUGAUAUGCUUGAAUGUAUUGUGCCUCGCGAGGAUUGGGAAAGGAUGUUAAUUGAGAAGGAGAUAUUUGGGAAGGAAGCAUUGAAUGUUAUAGCUUGUGAAGGUUGCGAGAGAGUAGAGAGGCCAGAGACGUAUAGGCAGUGGCAAGUUCGUAUUCUCCGAGCCGGGUUUUCUCAACGAGCAUUCGACAAAAACACAGUAGAAAGAGCAUUGGAGAUUGUAAGGUCUAGGUACCACAAGGAUUUUGUAAUGGACGAAGACAGAAAGUGGUUAUUGCAAGGUUGGAAGGGGCGAAUAGUUUAUGCGCUUUCUUGUUGGAAACCUGCUUGACUAACUAAGACGGUAAAAGUGGUUUGUGAAUUAGUUUUUUGACAUAUGAAGAGAUCAGGUACUGCUACAAUGACUCCAUUUCUUAGUUCUAGUCAACAAUGCUGGUUCUUGUCAUUUUUGUUCAAUGUAUUUUGAACUAACUUUAAUAUGAUAAUUCAACAAUGUAUGAUUAAAGAUAAAAAAAAUAAAGGGUAAUCAAAACAUGAGGAAGAAAGUAGACUAUGUAUGACAUUUGGCCUUAAGAUCAUUUAGGAAGUAUGUAGUUUGGUAGCUAAAUAGAGGAUUGUCAAAUGAACAUGAUUUAAUGUAAUGUUACUGUAACUUUGACAUGUAAUUAAAAAUAUCCUUUGAUUGUUGCUAUUACUCAUUUUGAA